GGGUGAUUUCUGCCAGGAAAAAAGCGCCUUUAAUAGCAAAUUUAUUCGGCGAUAUGUGUCGUUCUUCUUAAAACAAUUUGUGUCUCUUUCUUCAACAUGCGCGGACAACUUGUGGGUUAAUCCCUAAGGAUUUGCAAAUGAUGGAUUUCAGUAAAGCGUUCGAUCGAUCGAGUUGGGAUGAUUAAGUGAAUCUUUUAGAGAAGCUAGCACAACAUGUGGAACAGUUCGGCAACGAACUACAGCGAAUCUGCUGCCGGACCGAACCGGCAGUUUACCGCCAACACCAGCCAGUUUGUCGUCCUGGUUAUCGCCUUCCUCCUCAACACCGCCGUCCUCUCGGCUAUCCUCCUACGGGUGACCUUCCGCACGCCUUUCAACCUCAUCCUGGCCAAUCUCUUCUUGGCCAAUUUAUCCUAUAUCCUCAUCCAAGGCGUCUUCUGCUUCCAGAACGCCUUCUUAGAGCGCGCGGCCUGGUACAUUCCCAGCAACCGUAUGGGGUACGCCUACGCGAUCCGUUACGCCGGAAUCGUGCAGGUCCUGGCGCAUGCCGGGAUCAGUAUCAACCGCUGUUGGGCGGUCACGUGGCCUUACAGUUAUCAGCGGCAUUUUCACAGUCGGACAUCGGCGGUGUUUUGCGUUGCAGUGUGGAUCUUGGGGCAUUUAGUAGCGCUCCCGCGGGUUUUUACCGUGCUUAAGUACCGCGGGAUGCCAGAUAUCGGGGAGGAUGCGGUACAGACGACGAUUGUACGCUUUACCGGGGUGUUUAUCGAGAUUCUCGUGUUGGUGAUGUUCCCGUAUAUCUGGUAUAAGCGUACCCAACUGUUGCGGAGGAUAUCGGCGGCUGUUAAGGGCAUCGAUCCGCCGAGUACCAUAAUGCAUUCGGUGCAGCAGCUGCAAAUUCAAGGCUUGAGAACUUCGGAGAGGUCCAGCAGUUUCAUUCUGCUCAUCCUAACAACACUCAGUUUAACGUUAACCUGGACACCGGGCUUCGUCGCUGAAGCGACCGCCGGAUUCCAUCCGCUCCUAUCUUCCCUGCGCGCCUGGUGUGCGGUAGUCUACGCCUUUCAAGCCGUACUGGACCCCCUGCUCUUCGCCUUUAUCGUCUGGGAAUCGCAGAAAUACGUGAGAUCAGCUAGAAACCGUCUCCACCAGAUCGGCGGAACUCCGCAGCAUUUUUGAAAUACAAUAUAGAGUGUGAUAGCAUUAAGCAGAUGAAACUGCAGCUUAGUAC